AUGGGAAGUAACGAACCGAAAAUCUCCUUCGGAGUUAAAGCCAAACCGAAAACUCUGCUUGGCAUCAGCCCAGCAUCCAGCGUCACGCUGAAAGCAAAGGAAGCAAAAGAACGGAUCGAGUUUUUGGAAGGAAAUCUAAUUAAAACGUCUGGCAAACAAGAAGAACAACGCUCGACAUUCUUGGUCAUACCGCCUCUCAAAAACGAAAGAUCAACAGAGCGAACGGCAAAAAUAUCGAUCAUUCAGCAGCUCAAACAGCAACGACUGGGAGAUGGUGCUACAUUGCGUAGUACUAACAGUAUGCUAAAUGAUGGGAUCGAAACUCUAGAUCAGAGAGCUGCACGAGAGAUAGUGGAACAGACAGCAGAAGCUAUAACUAAGAUAGAGGAUUCAUCCAGUAUAGUAGUGCCGCUAAGACCAGAAGAGCUCCCAUUAGAUGGUGCGCGCGAAAGCACUUUGAACGAUUAUGAAUCUGUGCCGAUCGAACAGUUCGGCCAAGGGAUGCUGCGUGGCAUGGGAUGGAAGGGGGAAGUAAAAAAAGACACUGAAAAGUUAACGCUGGGCCCAGAGCCGCGGCCCAAAGGACUCGGCCUCGGAGCAGAUAGAUCCAUCAAGGGAGGUGUCGGCCCAGGCACGGUACCGUUGGCACAGGGCGAAAGUUUAGUGAUGAAAUGUGGUGCACCGGUGAAAAUAAUUGCCGGUAAACAUAAAGGAAAAUAUGCAACGAUAAAAAGUAUCGAUGAAGACAAUGGUCGCGUGAUUGUGGAAUUAUCUAUCGGAAAACAGCUGGAAUCAUUGAACGAGUGCUUCGUGCAGCUAGUAUCGGUCGGAGAGUAUUGCAAAAAUUCGAACGUUAUAAAUACGGCUAAAUACGAACAAUUUAAGGAACGUGAGCUGAACAGUGCUUCGGCAGGCUCGUCCAAGGACACACGGGUGGAGAAAACCUAUUCCAAACACAGUUCCUAUCGCGACAGCGACAACACGAACAGUAGUGAAGACGAACGAGAACGCCACCGGCGAAAGCACAAAAAAUCAUCCUCACCUUACAUUCGAACAUCAUCGGGAACGAAGAAAAAAUCCCACAAGUACAAGCAACGCCGAGAGUAUCGGGACGAACGGCGAGGUUCUUCGCGGGAUCGGCGACACCGCAGCCCCCGUGCAUCAGGCUCCGAAUCAGACGAUAAGUUUCACAAGAAGAAGACAAAGAAAAAGAAGCGACCAAGGAGUCGGUCGCGCAGUCGACAAUAA